AUGAAUAAAAAAGAAUGCCAAAUUUGUCACGGAACAACCCACGAAACUGCUAAUUGUAUUAAGAUAGACAAAAGAGAAGAAAAAUUAAAAGAAAAAAAAGAAAAGCUAGAAACUAUUCAAGAAGUUUUGGAAGAAGAUAAAAAAACUAUUGAAAGACUAGAACAAGAAAAAGAAGAAAGAAUAAUCAGAGACAAAAAUUAUUCUGCGGAAAUUGCUAAUAAUAGAUUUAUUUGUUAUUAUUGUUUAAAAAAAUUAAGUUGCCAAGAAAUGUUGGCCUGUAUUUUAAAUGAUGAAGAAGGCAAAAUGCAUUGUGGACAAGUUUUUAAAAAUUUAGAAGAAUUUAUUAAACAUUUAGAAAAUUGUUCUAAUAUUCCGCACAGCAAAAUACACACUAGCAUAAUACAAAGAUGCGAAAAAUGUAAGAAAAUUAUUGUAGAAAGCGAUUAUUUUGAACAAGAUUUGCCUCAUGAUUGCCAAAGCGAACAAAAGGAAGAAAAAAAAGUUAUUGAAAAGUAUAUAAAAGAAAAUAACAUUAAAAAUAUUAGGUUACUAAGCAAUGGCGAAUUAGAAAUAGAAUAUAAUGAUGGAAAUAUAAAAAUUACUAAGCCUAAUGAACCUAUUUUAUCGCAAAUAAAAAAUAAAAUGAUUAGGGAUGGACAACAAAUAAUUAAUCAAGAACAACUGCAAGAAAAUAAUUUAAGCAACAAAUUUACUAGUUCUAAAUCUCUAAUAAUUUUCAUUGGUGUAGGAGAAUUGAAAGGAUUAUAUGUUUUUGAUAUUAAACCCUUAACCCUAGAACAAAUUAAAAAUAUUGAAAAUAGUUGUUUUUUGUGUCCAAAUAAUGCAUCUGAUGAUAAUUAUGUUAUACCAAAUGCUUCCAGUCGGCAAACUAGACAUACUAAUGGAAAAUUUGACCGUCCCUUAGUAACUGACCAUAUUAUGGAAAGAACCAAUGAAUCAAAUAUUGGCCUUGCGGAGUUAGCCAUUUUUGUAAUGCCCCAAGAUAACGGAGUAGAUAGCAAAAUUCCUUGCCAAGAAACUGCUUUUAUUCCAGAAGAAUAUUUAACCGAAAAUUUUAAUACUAAUCAUUAUUUAAGUAACCACGGGCGAUAUUUAGUAAAAAUUUUAGGAGAAGAAGCAGGCGAAGUCAAAGGAAUUAAUGUUAAUAAAUCACUUUCUUAUUAUAAUGACAUUUUAACAGUUAACAUUAAUGAAGGUAGCACCAUUAUCGCUGCCGUUUCAAUUGGAAUUGCGGUCGGAAGUGGAGGAGUUACUACGGUUGGAGCAUUAGGGGCAACUGCCCGAGCGGGAAAAAUUAAUUGGCAUAUUUUUAAUGAUUAUUUUCCUUUGCAUAACGACGAAACAGUUCAAUUAAUACCUAAUAUAGGAAGUUUUGGCGCAAGCGGAAUUAACUUAUUUGGCGAUUUAAACGGCUGGGUUAAAUUAAGCGACAAGUGUGCAAUUAAUUCUGCUAAUCGAGUAAUAGAUUUUUUAAGAAAGAAUAAAGUUUUUAUUUAUAGCGAAAACCCACCUGAAAAAAAAUAUUUAAAUCUUGGUAGUUAUUCAUAUGAGCCCAUCCCAACUCAAAAAUUUAAGCCUAGUAGCAUAACAAUAACUCCGCAAAUGCGACAAGGUAUUAAUCCAUUAAAUAAUUGGGGAGGAAAACCUCCUUCUUCUAAUUUUGGAAGUGGUGGAAACCCCCCUCCAAUGCCAAAUUUAACUGUAAAAGCACCAAUUUAUCAGCCAACUGAACAAGUUUCAGGAUUUUUGCAACCAAAACAAUUAAGACGGGAAGGAAUUACUGCUCCGGUUCAUUCUAAUAUUCCUACUAUUAAAAAAGACCCGUUAAAUACUUCUGAUUUACGGGAAAGACAACAAGAAAGAAUAAGAUUACAACAGCAAGAAGCACAAAGGCAACAAUUGAAACCAAAAAUACGAGAAGGAUUUACGACCCAAACCCAACAAACACCAGCCGAGCAAACAUUUAUUCCCGAUAUUCCGGAAGAAACUAUCGAAACCACUAAGGAAAGAAAAAAAAUUACUGAAUAA